AAAGAAAGAGAAGAGAGAGAGAAAGACAGAGAGAGAGAGAGAGAAGAAUUAUAUGUAUUACAGAGCUAGGGGAGUGUGGGCUAUCAAAAGAAUGCAUUUUUCUUAAGAGACUCUAUAAAAGGGUGCUUUGAAAUCCUGAUGAAUUCAAUUACUGUUCUUCACUGGUAAGGAGAAUUCCGUGAGGAUCCAAGUGUCCGUCAUGGUUAGAUCCGUGGCAUGCCGCCGCUUAAGCAGCUGGUCCUUUUGGGGAGCUCAGUGCUAAGAUCCGGGAAAUAGGACAUCGGUGAGGUUGGGUGUCUUGUUGUCCCAGAAUCCCGUGGCCGACUGUUCUUUGCUUUUGUGUGGUUGGUCCAUCCCCCUGAGCUCUCGAGAUGGAGAGUGACCUCACAGCCCUCGCUGAUGUGCUGUUCUGACCGCCUUGCCCUGUGAAAUGUUCUUCCAGUAAGUGGCUCUCAUUGAUUGUCUAGGAGAACAGAGGCAGCCAGUUAAAAGGCAGUGAUCAAUGCAGUCUGCUUGCCCUCCCACCAGAUGGAGGGGAGCGCCCUGUACUUACAGGCUUAAGGCUGGAGCACGGAGGGACCUGUCGGCUUUGGCACCGAAAGCCCUGGACUUUUAGUCAAAGAACAGAGGUUCCGAUCCCGUCUCUGCCACUGACUGUGUGAUCUUGGGGCCACUUGCUUAACCUCCCUGGCCCUCAGUUUCCAUAUCUGUUAAAUGAAGGAAAGGGGUUGGAUUAGAUGACCUCUGGAGUCAUUUCCGCUCUACAACUACGAUCAUGGGACAGAAUGAGCUGAUUCCUUCUGUGUUGUAACAUUUCCUUUGGGGGAUAGGGGAAGGAAGAGAGACCAGGGUAAUUUUUACCCAUGAUUCACAAAGCAGAGGUCAUUGAGAAUGGUUUAUACGGUUGGCCAUUUCCAGUGGGCUAGGGUUUUUUUGUUGUUGUUUUUGAAAGUCCCGAACAAAAGAGAUGGGUGUUGGAUUGGAAAGCCUUUUCCUCCCCUCCCCUCUCUCCUUCCUUCCGCAUCGACUUUGAUGUACCAGGGGCAGGCAUGGAAGGAUACUGUUUGUUCUCCUCAGGCUCGGGAAGCCUUGUGACAGGGAUCCUUGGUGCCCAGGGUCAUCAGAGACCUGGCCCUGGAGAAGACUAAUUCUGAUGAGCUUGACCAUCCAAUCCCAAAGAGAAAUGGUAGGCCAUUAGGGGAGAGAGAAGGAGAGAGGCUGGUGGGAGGUCCGCCAGCGAGGAAAUGAGCAGCUCUGUAUUAGUCAUCCCGGAUAGGGGCUUGGAGACUUCUAUCUCCCUCGUGGGCGAGUGGCAGGCUGCAGAACAAGGAGGAUUUUUCAAUUGCUCUUCGCCAUUUGAAGACUUUGGAUAACUUGGCACUAACAGAGAGAGAAAGGUAUCAACAAACCCGUGACCCUGUGCUGAUCUUGAGAUUCCUGUGAAUGUUUGGGAUACUGGAUGGUACACUGGGCCUCAGUGAGAGUUUUUUCAUGGUGAAAGGCGCUGCUCUCUUCCUGCAACAGGGAAACAGCGCCCAAGGACCGAGGAGCCUCCAGCAGCCCCACAAGCACGCAGGUGACUUGCCCCAACAUCUUCAAGUAAUGAUCAACCUUCUUCGCUGUGAAGAUAGAAUCAAACUGGCAGUGCGCCUAGAGAGCGCGUGGACGGACCGCGUCAGGUACAUGGUGGUGGUGUACAGCAGCGGGCGACAGGACACGGAAGAGAACGUCCUGCUGGGAGUGGACUUUUCCAGCAAGGAGAGCACGAGCUGCACCAUCGGGAUGGUCCUUCGUCUGUGGAGUGACACCAAGAUACACCUCGAUGGAGAUGGUGGAUUCAGCGUGAGCACAGCAGGAAGAAUGCAUGUCUUUAAGCCGGUGUCUGUCCAGGCCAUGUGGUCUGCCCUCCAGAUUCUGCACAAGGCUUGUGAGGUGGCCCGGAGAUACAACUACUUCCCUGGAGGCAUGGCCCUGGUGUGGGCCACCUACUACGAGAGCUGUAUUGGCUCUGAUCAGAGCUGCAUCAAUGAGUGGAAUGCUAUGCAGGACCUGGAGUCCACGAGGCCUGACUCCCCUGCCCUCUUUGUGGACAAGCCAACGGAAGGGGAAAGAACAGAGCGCCUCAUCAAAGCCAAGCUCCGAAGCAUCAUGAUGAGUCAGGACUUGGAAAAUGUGACCUCCAAAGAAAUACGCAAUGAAUUAGAGAAGCAGAUGAAUUGCAACCUGAAGGAAUUCAAAGAAUUCAUUGACAAUGAGAUGCUUCUCAUCCUGGGCCAGAUGGACAAACCUUCCCUCAUCUUUGAUCACCUCUAUCUGGGCUCUGAGUGGAAUGCAUCCAAUCUGGAGGAGCUGCAGGGCUCAGGUGUUGACUACAUCCUAAACGUCACCAGAGAAAUAGACAACUUCUUCCCAGGCCUCUUUGCCUACCACAACAUCCGGGUCUACGAUGAGGAGACCACGGACCUCCUCGCCCACUGGAAUGAGGCAUAUCAUUUCAUAAACAAAGCCAAGAAGAACCAUUCCAAAUGCCUAGUGCACUGUAAGAUGGGCGUCAGCCGCUCUGCCUCCACGGUCAUCGCUUACGCCAUGAAGGAAUUUGGCUGGCCCCUGGAGAAGGCCUUCAACUAUGUGAAACAAAAACGAAGCAUUGCCAGGCCCAACGCGGGCUUCAUGCGGCAGCUGUCUGAGUAUGAAGGCAUCCUGGACGCCAGCAAACAGCGCCAUAACAAACUCUGGGGGCAGCAGACAGAGAGCAGCCUCCCCCAGGGGGCCGACGACCCCCCUGGCCCUGGUGCCUUUCUGAUGGAGAGCUUAGAUGCUGAUCUGGAGGCCCGGCUGGUCGCCCUGGACAGCCCCAAGCAGCCUGGGCUCCUGGACAGUCAGGCGCCUGGAGGCCCAGCUUUCCCCUACUGCUUCCGCCAGCUCUCAGACCCCCUCCCCAAUUCCUCAGGCAACGGGAGCGACUUGAUCCAGCUGGAGGACUUGGAGAGAGACGCUCUGCUGGGAGGAGAGGCAGCACGGGAACCAGCUCGGCCUCCCCGGAGGGGGUCUGCUUCGUGUGACAGGGAGGUCAGGAAGAGGCUGGAGUUUGGGAUCCCCAGGGCGUCGAGCGGCCCCCUGGCCCAAGUGGAGGAGAUGGAGCGGGACGAGAGCCCGGGGGCUGAGAGGCGGGCCCGGCCCCUGAGCCAGCCGCUGGAAAGCCGCCUUCACCUCAAAGAAAACGUGAAUAACAACAAUAGCAAGAGGAGCUGCCCCGAAGAUUUUGAGCAUGAUGCCAUAUUUGGAAUCCUUAACAAAGUGAAACCUUCCUACCAGUCCUGCACUGACUGUAUGUACUCCACCCCAAGGGCAGCACCAGAGACUUUCGGGGAACAGUGCGAGAAACUCAGCUCCCCUGCCAUCUGUACCCAGCCCUCCCUUCUGCCCCAUCUUACACCUUCCCCAGUGGACCCAGCGUCCAGCAAGUCCCGGCUUCUGGAGAGACCCUCCCCAGGUCCUGGAGAGAGCUCCCCAGCCCUGCUCCCGGCCUCCUUUGGCAGGCUGGACGCCAGCGGCCGGCCUGCCGAGGAGCCUCCAGGCGGCCUUUCGGACCCUCCCAAGGAAUCUCAGAAAGUCCUGGCAAAGCCACUAGGCCUCCUGAAGAACUCUCACUGUGAAAAGAGCCUCCCUAGCCUGGAGGCGGUCAAAGAAGACCCAGCCUCCAAGAAGGAUGCCAAGGCCACCAAGGACCUGAGGCUCCUCUUGUUCAAUAAAGAGUUGGCCAAGCCCACAGCCAGCAGCUACCUAAUGCAGCACCAGGAGUCCAUCAUCCAGCUACAGAAGGCGGGCUUGGUCCGCAAGCACACCAAAGAGUUGGAGCGCCUGAAGGGGAUCCCCGCUGAGGCCGUGUCCCCGCUCCGAGACAGCCCCACCAGCAGCAGGCUGGAAGCCAGCAUCCCUGAGGAAUGCCAAGAGCUGGUUCCCCCCCAAGGCGGGGCAUGCCCCUUAGCAUGCCCUCCUUCCCCUGGCGAAGCCGGAGGUGACUCUGAGAAAUUGGAGGCUGCCCUCCCUCUGGAAGGAGCCUCCCAGAAGAGCUCUGGGCCCUCCUUCCUCUACCGGCUGGACCACACCAGCAGCUUCUCGAAAGACUUUCUCAAGACCAUCUGCUACACUCCCACCUCCUCUUCCAUGAGCUCCAAUCUGACCCGAAGCUCCAGCAGCGACAGCAUCCACAGCGUACGAGGGAAGCCAGGCCUGGUGAAGCAGCGGACCCAGGAGAUCGAAACUCGCCUCCGGCUAGCCGGCUUGACCGUCUCCUCCCCGCUCAAACGCUCCCACUCCUUGGCCAAGCUCGGGAGCCUCAAUUUCUCCUCAGAGGAUCUGUCCAGCGAGGCAGAUGUGUCAACCGUUGUGGACUCCCAGGAUGCCAGGCUAAGCGAGUCCUCCUCACAGGAGCCCCAUUCAGCCUCUAGGAACCCACCCAUGACCUUGAAAUUGUCAGGGAAGCCUUCCCCAGGAAACUUGACAGGUGCCCUGUGGAUGGGCAGAAGCUGACCCGGACUUUUAUUGGCCUUCCUCCCCACCCUCUGACUCAUAUUUUCACAUGUUCUCCCCAUUUCUUGUGGUCAGCUCCUGACAUCUCGGUUUAUCAUCUAAAACUGAAAUUAUUUUAAGAUUCCCUCGUCCUCUCUCAGGCCAUAGCUGAAGGGGUUCGUGGGUGGGGAAUCAAUAACGAAAUAUAUAGCACAAGAAAACUAGUAGACACCGAGUAGUCUGGAAGAUUCAGGAAUUCCCUACAGGUCACACAACUGAAAUACCCAGGCUGUCCAUUUCCAGAAUAAUGGUAUUGGAGAAGCAAAUCCCUCAUCAGUACCCCACUGGGUUCCAGAGCCUGCUGAAACGCAAAGUAAUCACAGUGAUCCCAUCAUGGUGAUCCCAUCAUGGCGGCCACAGGGAGCCCCACCUCAUUUGGGCUCUUGUGGGAAGACUCUUCUAGGGCGACAUCAUUUCUACCUCUGUUCUGGCAGGGUUUUGUUAUUUUGUUUUUUGUUUCAUUUUGGGUUUUUGUUCUUGUUUAAAAAACAAAGAAACAAAAACAAUAUUCUGGUAACCCCCAAGGCUCGUUCCUGAGAAUGACCACAUCAGAAGGGACUUUUCCAAAACAAACAAAAAGUGUGGUUUUUUUGGUACCCCAAAUCGUGUUAGAGACAGAACUUCUAACAAUGGUUCAGAGUAGUGAUGAUAGAAAUGAAAGGAAGAUGCGGGGUACUGGGGUCCCCGGGCAUUGCCCAGAUUGAUUGGCCAGGAUUUGAUCCCAUUGAGGCGUGGCAUCUGGCGUGCAGGUUGUGUUUUUGGAAGAGUAGGUGGGCAGGGGGUUGGGUGCCACCUUCUAACACUGUCAACACUGGCUGCCCAGGCUUGAGUGCCAUCAUGGAGGGCUUGGAGGUGAAGAAUCCCACCAUCUGGUCUCUCCUGAAUUCUCUUCUUAUACUGAUCUGAAUGUCUUGGAAUUUCAUGUUUUGAAAACUCUGGUGUCUCUGGAUCAGGGGUCCUGUGGACAGGUGGAUCCUAGGCUUUCUCAGUCUUUCUACUGUGAUUUCUUCAUGGAGACCUUAAGAAAAUACCACCCUCAGGAAAAGGGCCAGCCCUCUCCACUGUACCCCAUACAUCCUCCAUGAGGGCUGCGUCCUUCCUAACAGAUCUGCAAGGGUAGGAAAGGGAGAGGGAAGGGGACAAGCAUUUAUUAAGCACCUACUCUGUACCAGGCACUGGGCUAAGUGCUUUACAAAUGUUAUCUUAUAAUCUGUCCUGAUUAUCACCAGGUCCUUGGGGGUACGCAGUCGCCUUGGGCCAUUAGCACUCAACAGCUCAGGGUCAGCAGUUCACACUGAUUUCCCACAUCAGGAGUAGAUGAAGACAAUUGUGGGGCCUUUAUUUGUUUUAUUUAUUUAUUUUUUUGGUGGGUCAUUUUUUAAUUUCCUAUGGUCUCCUCCCAGGGCAUCUGGGAACAGAUUCUCUGAGACAAAUGAGCAGUUCCUUGAAGAACUUCAGAGAUGUUUACAGACGUUCCCUAUCGGCCACGAAAGGAGUCCUUGUAGAAUGAGGAGGUAGAAUUAGUGACCUCUGGUCCCUUGGCCUCUGACAUGCAGGGUUCUGUGCUCUCAGGGCCCUUCCAGAUCCAGGGUUCUGCGCUCUCAGGGCCCUUCCAGAUCCAGGGUUCUGUGCUCUCAGGGCCCUUCCAGAUCCAGGGUUCUGUGCUCUGAGGGCCCU